CUGGUGAAGAUGCCAAUCCAGAUCUUCUGCUCUGUGUCAUUCUCCUCUGGAAAGGAGGCCCCCGGGCCCUUGGGAGAUGUUCAGGGUCCCCAGCAGCAGCAGCAGCAGCAGCAGCAGCAGCAGCAGCAGCGAGACAGCUCAGAGUCCGAAGAAGAGGAAGAAGAGAAGGAAAAGGAGGCACCCAGGAAGGAGGCCAGAGAGGGGGAUUUGCCCGAGGACUUGGUGGCCUUCGCCAGCAGCUGCACCCUCCAUGGUGCCAACCACAUAUUUGUGGAAGGGGGUCCAGGGCCGAGGCAGGCCCUGUGGGCAGUGGCCUUUGUCCUGGCACUGGGGGCCUUCCUGUGCCAGGUAGGAGACCGAGUUGCCUAUUACCUCAGCUACCCUCACGUGACUCUGCUGGACGAGGUGGCCACCUCGGAGCUGGCCUUCCCGGCGGUCACCCUCUGCAACACCAAUGCCGUGCGGCUGUCCCAGCUCAGCUACCCUGACCUGCUCUACCUGGCCCCGAUGCUGGGGAUGGACGAAAGUGACGACCCUGGGGUGCCCCUUGCCCCCCCAGGGCCCGAGGCCUUCUCUGGGGAGCCUUUUAACCUGCACCGCUUCUACAAUCGCUCCUGCCACCGGCUGGAGGACAUGCUGCUCUAUUGCUCCUACUGUGGGGGGCCCUGCGGCCCUCACAACUUCUCAGUGGUCUUCACACGGUACGGAAAGUGCUACACGUUCAACUCUGGCCGAGACGGGCGUCCACCGCUGAAGACCAUGAAGGGUGGGACGGGCAAUGGACUGGAGAUCAUGCUAGACAUCCAGCAGGACGAGUACCUGCCCGUAUGGGGGGAGACUGACGAGACGUCCUUCGAAGCUGGCAUCAAAGUGCAGAUCCACAGUCAGGAUGAACCUCCCUUCAUCGACCAGCUGGGCUUUGGUGUGGCCCCGGGGUUCCAGACCUUUGUGGCCUGCCAGGAGCAGAGGCAGCUCAUCUACCUGCCCCCGCCCUGGGGCACCUGCAAAGCUGUUACCAUGGACUCGGAUUUCUUCGACUCCUACAGCAUUACCGCCUGCCGCAUCGACUGUGAGACCCGCUACCUGGUGGAGAACUGUAACUGCCGCAUGGUGCACAUGCCAGGGGACGCCCCAUACUGCACUCCAGAGCAGUACAAGGAGUGUGCGGAUCCUGCUCUGGACUUCCUGGUGGAGAAGGACCAGGAGUACUGUGUGUGUGAAAUGCCCUGCAAUCUGACCCGCUAUGCCAAGGAGCUGUCCAUGGUCAAGAUCCCCAGCAAAGCAUCAGCCAAAUACCUGGCCAAGAAGUUCAACAAGUCUGAGCAGUACAUAGGGGAGAACAUCCUGGUGCUGGACAUUUUCUUUGAAGUUCUCAACUAUGAGACCAUUGAACAGAAGAAGGCCUAUGAGAUUGCAGGGCUCCUGGGUGACAUUGGGGGCCAGAUGGGGCUGUUCAUUGGCGCCAGCAUCCUCACGGUGCUGGAGCUCUUUGACUACGCCUAUGAGGUCAUUAAGCACAAGUUGUGCAGACGAGGCAAGUGCCAGAAGGAGGCCAAAAGGAGCAGCGCAGACAAGGGUGUGGCCCUCAGCCUGGAUGACGUCAAAAGACACAACCCAUGUGAGAGCCUGCGGGGCCAUCCUGCUGGGAUGACGUAUGCUGCCAACAUCCUACCUCACCAUCCGGCCCGCGGCACUUUUGAGGACUUCACCUGCUGA